AGAGAAAUGAUGAGGGAGGGGGGGGGCGGCUGUUGGCGCUCGGAGCGUCUCUUCAUCCUUCUCCACGAGAUCACACGAUGACAUCUGGAGCGGCGGAAGCGAGCUGCUUUUAACCCUUUCGCACUCUGUGCGCGUUCGCUGUUCGAAUCCCAGCUUUAUUGCAGUGAUUAUCCUGUCAUUUGGAGUCAAUCCAGAAUGCUUCCCUGCUCGUCGUCCUCGCCGAUGGAAGGAGGUGAAGAGGAGGAGAAGGAGAAGGACGCGCACAUGCACACAGAGUGCAGCAGACUGACGGAGCAGAGGGACGAGGCCGAGAGACAACUCAAGCACAUCAAGAGGGUGUCUCAGAUGGUGAUCGAGGAGGUGAACGUUCUACAGACUCAGCUGGAAAUCGAGAAGUCGUGUCGGGAGAAUGCAGAGGCGCUCGCCACCAAGCUAAACAGCGAGAACAGGAAGUUGAAGUACCUGAGCCUGUCGUCGCGGCCGCCGUGUUUGGAUGAGAUGCUUCCCAGCAUCUCCGACUGCAUCGCCAUGGAGACCGACGACGGCGAGACACCGGAAGACGAUAUGAUACGAUACCAGCAGCAGGUCAAAGAGCGGCGAGAGGCGAUGAGUAACUUGUUGGAGGAGAAGAAAAACUUCCUGUGUCAGAUUGAUGAGCAGCAGAGAAGAAUCGAGGAGCUGAGCGAGAAGUCCGAACGAGACGAGCGAGAAAUGAAGCAGCUUCGUGAUACCGUCGAGCAACACAACAAAACCAUCAAGCGCUUCAACAGAGUGUCCGUGAUGGCGACGCAGGAGUACGAGGGCAUGAGGGAGCAGCUGGACCUGGAGCAGAGCCUUCGCAUCAAAGCCGAGACGUAUGCACAUGAGAUGCUGGUGAAGCAGAAGGAGGCCAAUCGUCAGAGUGCGCUGCUGCUGCAGAGCGCCGAGCCGACGCUGCGGCUGCUCAGCGCCUUGGAGGAGGUCGCCGUCCUCACCAAGACGCUGGAGGCCGAGCGGUUGCAGCAUCAGCAACAAGUGUGUGAGCUGCAGUCCGAGCUGGACGACAGCGUUGCGAAGAAGAAUCUCAAGAGUCUGCAGAGGCAAGUGGAGCUGCUGGAGGAGGAAAAGAAAGACGUGGAGGGACGACUGGAACACGCGGAGAAGAACAUCCAACAGCUGCACACACAACUCCAGCUGCUCCAGAGGGUCGCCAUAACGACCGACCCGACUCCACCUCCCCCUCCACCGCCCCCUCCUCCUCCUGCUCCCAUGACUCCCAGUGUUGCUCCGCCGCCAACGCCGCUCCCGCAGCCGCCACCCCCACCUCCUCCCCCCCCUCCUCCCCCUCCUCCGCCUCCUCCGUCCAGAUGCAACCCCCUCAGUUCUCUGAUCGCCAUCAUGAGAAAGACGUCCAAAGGCUCCAAAACAUCUCUGAAGGUGGAGCAGCCUGCAGCCUCUGAUGACGCCGUGAAGGUGAAGGCCGUCAAUGAGAUGAUGGAGCGUAUCAAACAUGGUGUGGUGCUGCGACCCGUCAAGAGUCAGGACAGCAAGAGAGUCGCCGUCAGACAACCUCAAGCCAGUGAGGAGAAAUCUCAGGAGAGUGCUAUGGACGAACUCAAAGGCAUCCUGGAGACGGUGAAGCGCAGUCCUAGCCGAGGCUCCCAGGAGGCGCCAUCACCAACGGGGAAGAAGGAUAGUGAGCUGGAAGUUAUCCUGAGAAGACGACGCAACAAGGCGGGAGGGGCCGGAUCUGGAGAUGAGCGUGAUGGUCAUCUGAGUCACGUGUCAUCCUGCGACAGCCUGAACGGGAGACGCGCCAGCAGCGAGUCUGGAAAAGAUCCGGACGGUUCUGUCACACCGUCCAACUCCAUUGCGGGUCCAUGGGCAGUCGGGGAGAAACGAGGAAAUGGGCCGGGACCUGUGGUGGUGAGGAGGAGGAGCUCGGACAAAUCGGGAUUCUGGCAGGAAAGACGAUCUGGCUGCUCCAUGUCGGAAAAAGAGACGGCCGAUUCUCCUGUUGGAAACGGCUACGAGCACAGUGUCACUCUGGAUACCGCAGCAGCAAAGAUGCCUAUCCAGUCCAACGGUGUCGAGAAUGGCAAGGAUGCGCAUACAGCCAUCUUUGUGGUGGGCGAGAUGUACGGCGGCGAUGCUGACGGUGACAGCCAGGGUGCUCUCUGAGGAUGUUAGCCUAAUAUGCACGCUUAAAUCACAAACAGAUGCAAAGAUUCCUGACGCUGUACGUUUUUUUUUACAACAAACACGUGAGGUUUUGUCCAGGUUCAUGCUAGCAGGCUAACGUGCUAAAUUGCUAACAACCAUAGCCUGUUAGGCCACAUGAGUGACAUUUUUAAAAUGCAGACGCAAUGAAAUACUUACUUUACAAAACAAACAAUGAACAGACACUGUACAUUUUGUACAAACACAUGAGGUUUUGUUCAGGUUCAUGCUAGGAGGUUAACAUGCUAACAUAAUAAUGACCUUCAGUAGGGCGAGGAUGCGUGCACCACCAUCUUUAUCAUGGGUGAGAUCAAUGGCGACGAAGCUGAGGGUGGCUGCCAGGGGGCGGUCAGAGGCUGUUUUCCUAAUAUGCACGCUUAAAUCACAAACAAUGCACAGACGCUGACGCUGCACGUUUUUUACAACAAACACAUGAGGUUUUGUUCAGGUUUAUGGUAGCAAGAUCACAUGCUAUAGUGCUAACAACCAUAUCCUGUUAGGUCACAUCACUGACAUUUUUGAAUGCAGACAAAAUUUAACACUUAUUAGCUCAGAAAAUAAACAAUCCAAAGACACUGUACAUUUUUUACAUUUUGUUCAGGUUCAGGCUAACAGGCUAAUGAUGAUCAGCCACGUUAUUUACACUUAAACAUUCAUUCUCCCAUAAAACAAACGCUUCACAUACACUAGCUGUACUGUUAUUAUUUUUUUUAACACAGAACACAGUGAGGUUUUGUUCAGGUUUAUGGUAAGAUGCUAACGUUCUGACAUUGACAGUCUGUUAGGUCAUAUGACUGACAUCAUUUGAUAUGCGGACACACUUUACCAACUAUCCACAGAUGCUGAUGUUUUACCUUUUUCCCUCCACUCCCAACCAAACCAUGAGCUUUUUUGAGGUUAAUCUCGAACAUUUUUUAAUGACUACAGCCUGUUAGGUCAGAAAACUGGCAGCAUUGUACAACCCCAAUUCCAAUGAAGUUGGGACGUUGUGUUAAACAGAA